CUCACGUAAAACAGAAAAUUCAAAAAGGAAAAAAAAAAUUAAGGUAGGAAGUUCCCUUGUCUUCUACUCGGUGUCGGACUUCAAUUCAUUUCAUUUCAUUUCAUUUAUCUGCAAGAACGAAGGAAAUAGAAUUUUCCUCUUUCUUGUUUUGUGAAUUCUUGAGAAAUGGUUGAUGUAACCGAUAAAUUGGCAUAUUUUCAAGCCAUCACGGGACUCGAAGAUCCCGAUUUGUGUACCGAAAUCCUUCAGGCCCAUGGUUGGGACCUUGAACUCGCCAUCUCUUCCUUCACCUCUUCCACUCAACCCUCCGCUUCUUCCACUGUCUCUGAUUCCGACCCUCCCGAUUCACGGGCCCGGACUGUUUCCGCCUCGGCCUCGGCCUCCGCCUCCGCCUCCGCCUCCGCCUCCGGUCCUAUUACCGCUCCCGCACCGGGCUUAGCCUGGAGACUCGUUACAUUACCGAUUUCCGUGAUAUCCGGAAGUUUAGGGUUGAUCUCUGGCGCUGUUGGGCUGGGUCUAUGGGCCGCAGGUGGAGUUCUUUCGUAUUCCCUUGGGAUGAUCGGGCUAGGCUCUGGGCAGGGCGGGGAAUCAUCGGCCGGAUUGGUAUCGGUCUCAGCUGCGGCUUCUGAAGCGAUGGAUUUCGUGGCGGAGUUUGAAAGGGAGUACGGAACGAGAGGACUGAAUUUUGUCGGCGAGGGUUUUAUGGACGCGUUGCAGAGGUCGAGGAACGCCUUCAAGCUGUUGUUUGUGUACUUGCACUCGCCGGACCACCCGGAUUCGCCCGUGUUCUGCGAAAGGACGUUGUGUUCCCAGGCUCUGGCGGCCUUUGUGAAUGAGAAUUUCGUAGCGUGGGGCGGAAGCAUUAGGGCUAGUGAAGGUUUUAAGAUGAGUAAUAGCUUGAAAGCCUCCAGGUUCCCGUUUUGUGCAGUCGUUAUGCCUGCUACCAAUCAGAGGAUCGCGCUUCUUCAACAGGUUGAGGGACCUAAAUCUCCUGAAGAAAUGCUCACAAUACUACAGAGAGUGCUUGAAGAAAGUGCUCCCGUUCUUGUUGCUGCAAGACUAGAUGCAGAAGAGAGAAGAAACAACAUGCGUUUAAGGGAGGAGCAAGAUGCUGCUUAUAGAGCUGCGCUUGAAGCUGAUCAGGCUAGGGAACGCCAGAGGAGAGAGGAGCAAGAACGUCUGGAAAGGGAAGCAGCAGAAGCUGAGCGGAAACGUAAGGAAGAAGAAGAGGCUCGUGAAAGAGCAGCACGUGAAGCUGCUGAAAAGGAAGCUGCCCGAGCUAGAAUGCGGCAAGAGAAAGCCUUGUCACUUGGUGAUGAACCUGAGAAAGGACCUAAUGUUACACAAGUUUUGGUACGUUUUCCUACUGGAGAACGCAAAGAAAGGAGGUUUCACAGUACUGCACUAAUCCAAGCUGUUUAUGAUUAUGUUGAUUCAUUGGGUUGCUUAGAAGUUGAGGAUUACAACCUUGUCUCCAACUUUCCUCGAGUAACAUAUGGUACAGAGAAGCGCUCACUGACCUUGAAAGAGGCCGGAUUACAUCCUCAGGCCAGCCUCUUUGUGGAGCUAAACUAGUCUGAAGAAGUUGAUACUGUGAAGUUGUAUGAUGAAUGGUAGUUUCAAAGAUACCUGCUGGUAGACCCACAUAUUUUCUUAUGUUUCUUCUUCAUUUCAACAUAAUUUAGCAAUGACAAAUUGAGAAAAACACACAGCUCCAAGUCACUGGAUAUUUUUUUCCCCACUUUUCUUCAAUUAUGGUGUUAAAACAUGGAGGAUGUUAAAACAUGGGACUUUUAGGACUGAAUAAGAAUUUUUAUCCGAUUA